AUGGCUUCAACAAAAGUAAUUACCUUGGCUGCAGGCUGUUUCUGGGGUGUCGAAAGAGUAUUUGCUAGACAUUUCCAAGGAAAAGGAUUAGUUGGAGCAAAGGUGGGAUAUGCCAAUGGGUCUCCAUCUUACGAUAGCGUGGACUACAAAAAGGUAUGUAGUGGCUCAACCGGCUUUACUGAGGCCGUUCAGCUCACAUACGACCCAAGCGUUUUGAACAUCAAGGAGAUCAUCGAGAUUUUCUUUAGAAUUCAUGACCCAACCACUGUUAAUGCACAAGGACCAGAUGUUGGCACACAAUAUAGAUCCGGAAUCUACACUAGUUCUGAUGAAGACCUUGCUGUUGCAAAGGAAGUGAGAGACUACUUUCAAAAGGAGUGGUAUCCAAAUCUGCCGAUCGUCACCGAAAUUGAGCCAUUAGCCAAAUGGUUUGAUGCCGAGGACUACCAUCAGCAAUACUUGGAUAAGAACCCUGGCGGAUACGAGUGCCCAACUCAUUUCCUCAGACUGAAGCCAAAGGUUUGA